CUGGGCGCCUACGACGAGGGUAUGGAGGUGUGGGGAGGGGAGAAUGUGGAAAUGUCGCUUCGAGUUUGGCAAUGUGGUGGCGAACUACUCAUCAUUCCCUGCAGUCGAGUGGGGCACGUUUUUCGCAAGGUGUCUCCCUACUCCUGGCCCGGUGGUGUCACCCAUAUCCUUCAUCAUAAUCUGAUUCGGACAGCUCUUGUUUGGCUUGAUGACUGUGGUCGGUUAUGGAAAUUGCCUCGUGUCAAUGAGGAGAAACUCUCUUUUUGUCUUAAUUAUCCCCAAAUGGCCUUGCGAAGCUAUGAAUACGGUAAUAUAAGCGAGAGAAUCGCUCUUCGGAAACGUUUAAAGUGCAAAGGCUUCUCAUGGUAUCUUCAAAAUAUCUUCCCUGAGUCCAAUAUUCGGCCUCAUCCCAUUCGUUUAGGACAGAUACGAAAUCCCGUUCACGGGGUGUGUUUUGACACCAACAAUGGUCGACGGGGUCAGGCAAUCGCUGCAGCUGUUUGCCGAAGCAGGGACAACACGGGCCCUCUCCAGACCUUUAGCAUAUCAUCCGCCAAUGAGAUCACUGCUUCUACAGGCUGUCUGGGUGCUGCACGUCUCAAUGACAAGCUGACAAUUGGCCAAUGCGAAAACACUUCCUCCAAAUACCAGAAGUUUAUCUAUGAUGAACAGACCAAGCAUAUCAUUCACGAGCACUCACACCUCUGUGUCCGAGUUGAUGCUACAAAACACGAGAUGCCCAUUUUUCUCGCCAACUGUUCGACAAGUAACGAAUUUGUCUGGGAAUUACCACCUGCUUUCUUCAAUCGAACUGCCGUUGCGAACUGA